AUGAAUAUCCUAUGUUGGAACUGCCGAGGGCUUGGGAACCCUCGGACAGUUCAGGAUCUUUGCUCCCUAGCAAAGGAUAAGAGGCCCAAGAUCAUGUUUCUAAUUGAAACAAUGAUUGGUACUAAAAAGAUUGAAGGUAUUAGAAGAAGAGUGGGGUAUGAUCAGAGUUUUGUUGUGGAUUCUAUCCUUGAUGUGGAAUUGAAAAAGAGAUGGUUAUUCACUGGCUUCUAUGGCCAUCCUGAAACAGCCAAGAGGAAGUUAUCUUGGAAUUUGUUGCACAUGUUGAAACCAGAAGCAGAAGUUCCUUGGUGUGUGGCAGGUGAUUUCAAUGAGAUCAUUUACCAAACCGAGAAAUGGGGAGGAGGACAAAGGGAAGAGAGUCAGAUGAGAAUGUUUAGGGAGGCUAUGGAGGAGAAUGAGUUGUUUGAUUUGGGCUAUAGUGGAGGUAGAUACACUUGGAGCAAUGGCCAUAUGGAUGGUACUUUUGUGAAAGAAAGGUUGGAUAGAUGCUUAGCAAAUGGUAAGUGGAAUGAGCUGUAUAAGGAGGUGAUGGUAGAGGUGUUACCUGCUAGAUGCUCAGACCAUAAACCGAUUAUGUUGCAUUUAUCUAUGAAUAGGAUAAAUGGACCAAGGAAAAGAAUAUUUCGGUUUGAAGCUUGCUGGACUAAGGAUGUGGAGUGUGAGGAGGACCAGGCAGGGAUUGAAGAGGCUUUUAAGAAGCAUUUUGCAGAGGUUUUGUCAUUAGGAGAACCAACUAUGGAUAUGAUCCAAGCUGGUACGAAGUUCAUCAAAGCUAAGGUUAAAGAGCCUGUUACAGUGGGCGAAUUCAGACCUAUAAGCUUGUGUAAUGUCUUAUACAAGAUAAUGGCUAAGACACUAGCAAAUAGGCUGAAAAUAGGAUUGCCUAAUGUGAUUUCUUACCAACAAAGUGCAUUUAUUAGGGGAAGAUUGAUUUCAGACAACAUUUUAAUAGCUUAUGAGCUGUUGCAUUCAAUGAGAAAUAGGAAAAAGGGGAAGGAGGGGAGUAUGGCAGUCAAAUUGGACAUGUCCAAAGCCUAUGACCGUGUAGAGUGGAGGCGAAGAUUGAUUUCAGACAACAUUUUAAUAGCUUAUGAGCUGUUGCAUUCAAUGAGAAAUAGGAAAAAGGGGAAGGAGGGGAGUAUGGCAGUCAAAUUGGACAUGUCCAAAGCCUAUGACCGUGUAGAGUGGAGGUACUUGGAGGAAGUGAUGAAUAAGCUGGGCUUUUGUGAUCAGUGGGUGCAAUUAAUCAUGAGAACUGUUUCAACUGUAUCAUAUUCUACACUAGUUAAUGGCAGAGUUGGUGAGAGUUUUGAGCCUUCAAGGGGGAUCAGGCAAGGAGAUCCAUUGUCUCCAUUUCUGUUUGUACUUUGUGCUGAGGGGCUUAGUAGUCUAAUCAAUGAAGCUGAGAAGAAGGGGGAGGUGAAAGGGGCUACUGUAACGAGAGGGGGAACAGCUGUAACCCAUCUAAUGUUUGCAGAUGACUGCAUUUUAUUUUGUAAAGCCAACAUGAGAGAGUGGAGAAGAGUGAAGGAGUUGCUGAAAACAUACGAGGCAGCUUCAGGUCAAUGCUUAAAUGAUCAGAAAACUUAA